AUGCAACCAGCGUCUCCCGCAGUAUCUCAACAUACUCCCCCACAGGACUCACCUCCCUUAGAGCCAACUCUUCGCCAGCAUGGACAUGACUUCUGUGGUGACCACCCGGUCUCUGGCCCUCAACUCCAUGAGGGAACCGGAGACCUUUCAGAAGUCGUCCCUGGCUCAGCGGCGAAUGAGGGACACUCGCCCCUGAACUCCGACCGGUCCGCUCCAUCGUCGCCAUUUGUCAAUCGCCACAGCCCGUUUGAGGAAGAACCAUUCUAUUCUACCCCUGAGAAGCAACAAGAAGCCGAAUUCAAAAUGAUGACUUUGUCAAGUCAACCUCAUGUAUCUCUCGAGGCCUUUCCCAAUGAGGUGUUGACUCACAUCCUUUCUCACCUGCCCCCACCGACCUUGUCCUCAAUUGCGCUAGUGUCUCGUCGUUUCCACAAUCUUGUUACUACGCCUCAUGCCUGGAGAAUCGCUUUCUCCCGCUACUUCCCUGGACCGUUUAGCGUGGAAAAUGCCGAUGGAUUGUUGGCGUCUAAUGCGUCGGAUAUAUUGUCGGAUAGACGUUUUUUCUCCAGGCUGACUGCGCUUGCAUCCUGGCGAAGCGAAUACAUUCUUAGAACGCGCCUGUUGCGAUCACUAUCUCGGGGCAAACCGGCGGAUUUCGAGCCACACAAGAGACAUGGCACAGUCCGGUCGGCUAGUGUUAAAAACGGCAGCGCAGUUGUCACCUAUACAUCUCAGCUGCUCUUCCCCGUCAGUCAUGUCAAUGGUACAUUUGGAAACGAUGAAAAUGGCAAAGAACCAGUGUUCAUACAUGGAGCUGCUGAACAGGGAAUUGCCUCGGCCAGUGAUCCUUCGACGGUGAAGGUCGGUACAUGGGGCUUAUCAGAUCAUCAGAUGUUCCGGCACUUCGCAGAUCUAUUUCCUGGUGAUGCUGAAUAUGGUCUUGGACCCGGGAAUAUUGUAGGACUGCCCAAUCGCAUGGAUGUCAGUCAGCCAUAUGGCAUGGUCUAUGGCGAGGGCUGUCCGCAAGGUCGAAGUUAUUUUAUUUCAUCAGCCGAGCUGCGCGGACGAUUCUUGGGCGGAGCCGAGUCGAGUUCGCAACCCCAGUUGGGCAUCCCUUCCCUAAAUAUGAUCACGACUGCGGUAACCGCCGUGUGGAUUGCCAAGUCGUCUGAAGUACUCAAGAUGACCGGAGGUCUGGUAGGCAUGUUGUCUGGCACGUCUUCUGGUAUCCUCACCGCAUAUGCUCUGGGUCCCCAUCCCACGUAUGAAAAGCGAUUCGAACGGGGCCAGCCAACUGCAAAAUGGGUUAUUUCUCCCGGCGUUCCUCUUAUCGCUAUUGCGGUUGACGACAAUUUUUCCCCUGCGCGAUACAACCGUCGGCGGAUUUGGGCUACGGUUCUUAAUGCACUGGGAGAAGUGUUUUAUCUUACCGAUCUGCCGCGCCAACCUGAUACCGUCACGAAAAUGAAUGUUGAAGAAUUGGACCAGCUCGCUUGGAAGACUGGCCGCAGUGUUCGCUGGGAACUAGCCGAGCUGACUAGGCGUGUUGCAAGACCGGACCCUUUCAGCCGGGAAGCUGUUGAUGGCAGUUAUAACCCUCGGUCCUCGUCGGAUUCAAUGAAGCUUGACGAGAAUCAAUUAAUUGCAGAAACGAAGGAAAUUGAAAAGUUUCUGACCUUCAAGCCCAAGCAUUUCCGCAAAGUUUGCGAGGGAUGGGACAUGAGGCGUGAUAUGAAAGUCGAUUUCGCUGGUGACGAUGGUCACGGUGCGGGCGAAUCAAUUGUGGUUAUUGCACGGGGCAUUGGUGAAGACGAAAAAGCUUCGAUCCGGCGGCUGACGAGAAAGUCACUGAAACUUAAUUUCAAUUCACAUGUAUCGCAUCCUGAUACAUACCCUCGUGUCGCCGAGAACCCACCACGCUCAAUCUUUGGUGGUCCCGCGAAUGCCCCGAUAACACCUUCCUCAGGAACUCCCGAAAGCCUACCACUGUCUAGAGCAUCUGGCCGUCUUGGUGACCCGGUGUGCUCUGUUGCGAAUACUGAGUGGCACGACUCUAACUUUACAUUUGGCGAUCGAAAAUCCGUCCAAAUUACCACAAGUGCCUUAGACUCAUCCACCUACGCUUUGCUUACUGGUGAUGAGGACCCUAUCAUCGCAAUGUCGGGAAGUUCAACAAACUCUUCCGUCAUGUCUUCGCCAUUGCCACACAUGAAGCAGUCAUCUACAAACGUAGAGAUACCUGGACAGCGCGCACGGUAUAUGGCUAUUGGAACUGCGACGGGAAUGGUUUUCGUUUGGGACAUACGUUCGCCAACGGCUCGAACCUCUGAGAUAACUAGUACUGUCUCUCCACUUCGAAUCAUCCACACAGAUUCACCACAGGUCUCUUGUGUUGCGCUGACGUCGUUGUAUCUCAUACAUGGCGGAAACGAUGGGCUCGUACAAGCAUGGGAUCCUCUUGCAUCAUCUACGGGACCUAUUCGGACUCUGAACUCCCGCUUCUCUUCGCGUGCUCGUCGUCGAUUGGUCCAGGCUGAAGCGUCAAUCCAAGGAGUGGGAAAUAAUUACUUUGCAACGGGUGCUAUUUGCCUUGACCCUGACCCUACCGUCCUGAGGGGGAUGGUUGCACUGGGAACGCACCUGCGCUAUUGGGCCUAUAGCUCGUCUGCGGCAGAUCAGUAUAAAACCAGCAAACGUCGAUGGCGCCGUAACCAGAAAGGAAACAACCAUUCGCACGAAGGCCAACAACGGUACAACAACAGCGGCCGCGGGGCUCUCGUGGACCACAUCGAGGAUGAAAAGGUGGAGAUGGAACGACAAAGGGUGGCAGACGAAAAGGAAAGAGCGCAUCUGAGCAACCGCUUUGGGGUUGAUCUUCUCGGCCCAGAUGUCAGCGAAGACCAGCUCCUUGCUUAUGCUCAACUGCUGAGUGAAGAGUCCUUUGCCGGUGAUGUUGUCAAACGAGGUGAUACUGUCAACAGUUCAGUUGCCAGUACUUCCUCUAACGAUACUAUCGGGCAAAAUGAUAGCCUCUUCACGGUGAACGAGGCCUCUUCGUCAUCGUCCCCUUACCAGGACACCGUCGGAGAUGACAUUGCCCCAGACAUUGCCGAAGCGAUCCGACUCAGUCUACUCGAUGAAGGACCGUCCUCAUUUGAAGCGUCGUCUUCCAUUCCUAUCAAGUACACCAAAGACGCCCAAUCCAGCCCAAGCGAUCACCCGCAGUCUGAGCCAGAUGCCGCGGAAAGCAGCCGACAGCAAGAGUUAGAUGAUUUAGAGUUCGCAAUUCAACUAAGUCUGGCCGAGGAGAAUAGUCGCGAACAGGCGGAAGCGCAAGAACAAGAGGAAUUCCCUGCACUUCAAGGGAUGGCGCAGUCCCCAGAAAAGGCUCCGGGCAAGGAUAAAGGCAAGGGAAGAGCUUUGUGA